AUUAUUUUCCGGGGGGCAUAUGUAUCAUCGGAAUGGUUAUCUGACUAAUGCAGAAUAUCAACAGAUUUUGUCGAAAGGAGUUGAAGAAUAUUUUUAAUUUUUCUCAUGUCGACACAGUUCAAUUCUUCCGGAAUCUUACAUUAUCUGCUAAUAAAAAAUCAUCAAUGAUGAUGAACGAUAAGAUUUUGCAUGAAAUAAAAAUUUCUAUUCCUUUGUUGGAUGAGUCAAAGCACAAAGGACAGGCAGGACGUAUUGGUAUCAUAGGGGGAUCAAAAGAGUACACUGGUGCUCCUUAUUUUGCUGCAAUAUCAGCUUUGAAGGUGGGAUGUGAUCUAUCUCAUGUAUUUUGUGCUUCUGAAGCUUCACAAGUAAUCAAAUCAUACAGCCCUGAACUGAUUGUUCAUCCAAUACUAGACAAAAUGAAUGCAUAUGAUGAGUUUCUAGUAUGGUUGCCACGUCUUCAUUCACUUGUGAUUGGUCCAGGAUUAGGAAGAGAUCAAAAUACUUUUUUAUUAGUAAAGAAACUUAUAAUGAAGGCUAGGGAAGAAGAAAAACAAGUUGUGAUUGAUGCUGAUGGAUUAUGGCUUGUUACAACUGAACCUGACAUAGUGAAGGACUAUUCUGCAACUGUCCUAACCCCUAAUGCUAUGGAAUUUGUCCGUCUCUACAAAAAAUUGGCUGGAGAGGAUCUUGCAUUGAGCAAUAUCACUGUUGAUCAUGUUAAGUGGGUUGCAAAGUCUUUGGGAGGUGUGACGAUUAUUGCAAAGGGGAAAAUUGACAUCAUUAGUGAUGGCAAAAUAGCUGUGAAGAGUGAUGUUGAAGGUAGUUUGAGGCGAUGUGGUGGGCAAGGUGAUCUGUUAUCCGGGUCUUUAGGCACGUUCUUACAUUGGAUGCAAUCUAAUUCGCAGGAAAAUCAGACUGAAUCUAAUCCAGAUUGUGAUACGCUAAUGAAAGCAACAGUGCUAGCUUCUUUUGCGGCAAGUUGUCUAACAAGAAGAUGCUCUUAUCUAGCUUUUGAAAAAAUGAAUCGUCACAUGACUGCAUCAGACAUGAUUGACCAAAUACCACAAGCUUUCAGUCAAUUAUUCAGCAGUUAACUGUUUGCAAAUUACCCUGGUUCUAUAAUUAUUCGUGAAAAUAUAGCAGAAAGCAUACUAAGCAAAGAUCUUUUGUUUUUGUUUAAUUAGAUGAUCUGUGGGCCAUGUGGAUUGUAAUAAUUGUUACUAUCUCUGAAUUUUUUUGUAUCUAAACCGAUUUUAUGGAAAACUUUUGUUUAUCUCAUAGAUAAUUUUUUGAAAUUUACGUGGUGCUCGUUCGACCACGCAUUCAAUAUGUUGUAGGCAUUUAGAUUUCCAACUUAUAUUUGAUUAAUUUUCCAUUAAAAAUUAAAAUUUCCUGAUUAA